GAGGGGCUGGCAGCUCUGCUCAGCAGCGCACCAUCACAAAGUUGCAGAGCAUCUCAGAGUCCCCGCCUGCUUUGCGCCGUCACUUGCUUAUCUGUCGCACCUGCAGCCUGCCUUUUCCUCCACUACCGUUACUUUACUUCAGCCUUUCCCUACCGUCAAAGCGACCCAGCCCCGAUCAAGGUGUGUCACGACGCGUUUCAAAGAUGCUGGCUUGUACGGAGAUGAUCACUAUGUGCCUGCAGUCGGCCAAACAGAAGCAUCUCCGGGCUCAGCAGCAGCAACAGCAGCCGCUGCACAGCGCCGGACAGGGGUUGACCAUCUUUCAUGAUAUUUUCCGCCGAGCAGACAAAAACGAUGAUGGCAAGCUGUCAUUUGAAGAGUUCAAUGCUUACUUCGCCGAUGGGAUCCUGACCACUGAGGAGCUACAGGAGCUUUUCUAUUCCAUAGAUGGCCGACAAAAUAACAAUCUGGACACUGACAAGCUAUCAGAUUAUUUUUCUCAGCACCUGGGGGAGUAUCUCAACGUACUUUCAGCUCUGGAGAGCCUGAAUAUUGCCAUUUUAAAGGCAAUGGAUAAAACUAAAGAGGAGUACCAGGGUUCCAGUGUGUUGGGCCAGUUUGUCACCAGGUUUAUGCUAAGAGAGACGUCCAGUCAACUGCUGUCUCUACAGAGGUCCCUGCAGUGUGCCAUGGAGGCUGUGGAGGAACAAAGCAGCCCUGCCCCGAGAGAGGCAAAGGCACCGGAGCUGACAGCAGUACAGGGGAAUGGCAGGCGGUGUGGUCGCAGGAUCCAUAAUAACCUGUGCAUGUCCCCGUCAGAUCCCUGCUCUCGCAUCCUGUCCACAGGUGUGUGCGUAGAAGAUGGAGAGAACUGGUGCUCUCAGAUCAACAGGCUGCAGCAGCUGCUGGAUAAACUGGAGUGUCAGGGUCCCAAGUUGGAGCCACUGAAAGAGGACACACUGGCCAGCACAUACAAGUCUAACAUCCUGCUGGUUCAGAGGCAGAUGUCAGUGACCGAGGAAGAUCUGGACAACUUCCGGAAAGUCCUGAAGAGCUACAUCGAUGCCACCGCAGCCCGCUCUGACAACCUGCAUGUGUCCGUUCAGAAGCUCCCGGGAAAGUUGUGUUACAUAAUGUAUGAGUUCUGGCAAGACCGCAUCUCCUGGAUGAGCUACCUGCAGUCCAACAGCAGUAAAGAUUUCCAGCGCUGCGUCAUUGACAUGUUGGAGGAUGCUGAAGUAGUUUCUACCAUGCUGAUCCCAGCUUCCUGGUGGAUUAUGACUAACAACAACUAGCAACCGAAUCCAGAAUGUCACAUCGGCUGCCUACACUGUCACACGGACAAAGACACACUGGCGCGUCAACCCACCCACCCACACACAUGCACACAUACAAACGCACACAUACACAGAAGCAUUCAAAAGGAAUCCAUGCGUUUGAAAGCAACAGGAGACGGAGACAAUGGCGUCAUCCAGCAGCAUCUUUUAAUGUUCCUCCGUCUUCGACUGCUCAUUAUUGUGCCGCUUAUAUCAAACGGGAUAGUUGCACCCUAUAGCCAAUCUAUUGACUUGAAAGUGACUGACUCUCCGCGAUGCAAAAGUCGUUUCUUUCUCAUAACCCUGUCUUUUACUUGGCCUCCUCUCUCCUGCAGCAUUUGUAUGAUAACAUGCCGGUGAAAGACGACCAAGACGACACUAGUAUAGGCGACUAUAGAGCAAAUCCAACUGAAAUGAAGAUUCCCAUGCCAGUAGUGUUAUUGUGCUUUUGAUGAGUUGUUUAUCGUUGAAUACAAAUAAGAAAAAAACAGAGAAGAUGAGGAGAUGGAGGGUUGCUGCAGCCUAAACAUGCAUGCUGACGACUGUGGCCAAGAGCUUUCAGUAAUAGUUCCUUUAAACCCUGGCUGUAUAUGCUGUAUGAUACUGUAGCACCGUUUUUCUUUCAUCAAGCUAUCCUACUGUCAUGUGCACAGAAUACCAAAAAAAGCUAUUAUAAAAAAAAGAAACCCUUCCCCUGACAUCUAUCUAUUGCUAGAUAUACUAGUGGUUAUUUAUAUUAGUUACAUCUCCUAUUAGAGUAUCUCAAAAAGUGUGAGUAUCUAAGGGAAGUAACACUUUGUGAGGAUAUUUCAUUGUAUCACUAAGUUACGGAGAGAAAACAUAUUUAAUGUAACAUGUAUUUCUUUUGCUCCUGGUAGAGUUUACUCCAUCUGUACAUAUGUAACUGGAGAUAUAUUCAUAUUUCUGUUGUGUUUUGGUUCUGUAAUGUACACCACCGGCUGUAAACAAACUGAGGAGCAACUUUAAUAAAAAUCAUUAAAGCUACUAAUUGUUUUGACAAGUGGAAA